AUGUCUAAUGUUACCCAAUCAGCCUUGAGACAGGCAACUCGCGCCUACGCUCGUCGACUGCCAUCGACGCAGCAUGGCUCCUUCGCUUCCGCCCUUCCCAGACGGGCGCUCGCCACUCCGUACAGACGGUUCUAUGUCUCCGAAACCAAGGCUGGAAAUGCUCAGGUUUCGGUAGAUACCGCUAUUAAGCAGGAGCAGAAGGAAUUCAUGAAGCAAACUGGGGUGCAGCCGCAGAAGGUGGAGCUCCCUAGUUCUGGUGUUUCCGGCGAUGCCUCGAUGAGCCCGUCUGCCGGCAUCCUCAAGCAGGCCACUGUCAUGGACCAAGGAACGCGACCGAUCUAUCUCGAUAUGCAGGCCACAACCCCAACGGACCCCCGUGUUCUAGACGCAAUGCUCCCCUUCUUGACCGGAAUUUACGGCAACCCUCACUCGAGAACCCAUGCAUACGGUUGGGAGUCAGAAAAGGCAGUCGAGCAAUCCCGAGAGCACAUCGCCAAGCUGAUCGGCGCGGACCCGAAAGAGAUCAUCUUCACUAGCGGUGCUACUGAGAGUAACAACAUGAGCAUUAAGGGUGUGGCGAGGUUUUUUGGUCGCUCCGGCAAAAAGAACCACAUCAUCACAACGCAGACCGAGCACAAGUGUGUUCUUGACAGCUGUCGGCAUCUUCAGGAUGAGGGCUACGAGGUUACGUAUCUCCCCGUGCAGAACAACGGCUUGAUUCGGAUGGAAGACCUCGAGGCCGCCAUUCGCCCUGAAACGGCCCUGGUCAGCAUCAUGGCCGUCAACAACGAGAUCGGUGUUAUCCAGCCCCUGGAACAGAUUGGAAAGUUGUGCCGCUCCAAGAAGAUUUUCUUCCACACGGACGCUGCACAGGCCGUGGGAAAGAUUCCGUUGGAUGUGAAUAAAUUGAAUAUUGAUCUGAUGUCUAUUUCGAGCCACAAGAUUUACGGCCCCAAGGGUAUUGGAGCUUGCUAUGUCAGACGUCGUCCCAGGGUUCGCCUUGACCCUCUCAUUACUGGAGGUGGACAGGAGCGAGGCCUGCGCAGUGGUACCCUUGCUCCUCAUCUGGUCGUUGGGUUCGGUGAGGCCUGCCGUAUCGCCGCCCAAGAUAUGGAGUAUGACACCAAGCACAUUGAUCGUUUGUCCAAGCGCCUGACCGACGGGCUCCUAUCCAUGGAGCACACCCACCUCAACGGAGACCCUGAACAUCACUACCCGGGAUGUGUCAAUGUCUCCUUUGCCUACAUCGAAGGAGAGUCUCUUCUGAUGGCCCUGAAAGACAUUGCUCUGUCGUCGGGUAGUGCCUGUACCUCUGCGUCACUGGAGCCCAGCUACGUCCUUCGUGCCUUGGGUAGCAGUGACGAGAGCGCCCAUAGCAGUAUCCGAUUUGGAAUUGGACGAUUCACUUCGGAUAGCGAGAUCGACUACGUACUGAAGGCGGUACAGGACCGCGUUCAUUUCCUACGCGAGCUGAGCCCCCUGUGGGAGUUGGUGCAGGAAGGUAUCGAUCUGAACACGAUCGAAUGGAGUCAACAUUAA